CGGAAGUGGAUGCUGGCGGAAGCAUAGGGUAAUAGCAGCAUUUUAGGCAGCUCAUGGAAAUCGCAAUGGCUAUCAACCUAUUCGUGAAGAAUUGAUCUUCUUCUUCUAUGAUGCAACUGCAGUACGACAAACAUGGAGUUCUGAAGCUGAGUCUGUCAAAUCCUAAGGCGCAAGUUUUGUUUCCAACCGGUCAUUACACUUACGCUUUUGGAAACACGCCAGGGAUAAAUUUAGCAGAGUACUUCAGAACGUCCAAGAGUGAUGAAAGUCUUGAUUUUUUAUUGCUUGGUACAGGAGACAUUCGAAACCUCCUGUUCACAGUUUCAGAGCUUUACCAACGACUACAAUCACAAAUCCCAGCUUCGCUUCACUUUAACUUGAAUGAUCAUGAUCCAUCAAUAAUCGCUCGAGAUGUUAUCAUCCUAGAGACUGUGCGAUCGAUCGACCCAAAUUGUGACUUCGAUGUGGAUUUUUUGUGGAAUUUAUGGUAUAACCUUUCACUUUCUAGCAACGAAUUAAAGCGAUUGCAAACGAUUCUGCAGACACUUUCAUCACCUGAAGAAGAUGACGUUAAGUCGCAGUUUGGGUCUGUCACCUUGUUUACAAAGUGUCUACGAAUUUGGAAAGACUGGCUUCACUUAGAACUGGAUAUUGAUAAUGUAUCGCUUCAACGGCGAAGAUUGAUGGUGACAGGGCUAAAUUUGGCACAACAGGAAACCCAGAAUGCUCAACAGGACCACUUUAAUUUUAUAACAGCAGUAACCUCAUUGACAAACACAACAGUUAAACAGCUAUUUACGCCGACAGAUGAACACAAGCUUGGUCGCAAAUGCCUUCAUGAGCGUGGCUUUGUUUAUAAAGAAAUCUAUUCAUAUUUUUUGAGCGGUGUUACACCGGAAGUUCAAAACAGUCCUAAAGUAAACCCAACUCUUAUUCGCCCAUUUGAGCACAAAUGGAAAGUGCAUUAUGGGAGCUGUCCGUUUUCCGGUUUUAUUCCAAUUGAUAGGCAUAAGCUCGAAAUUAAGAAAUGCAUAACAAAAGUUUGUAAGGAAAAACUCAAGGAGUUGGUGAAACAUUUCCAAGGCUUCGUUAGAAGUAAAACGAAACAUCUUCCAAUACAGGUGACAUUUUGGGAGGGAGACGCCCUGGACCUGUGUCGCAAUGGUCUUCCAAAGGAUGCCGUCUUCGAUAUAAUCGACACAAGUAACCUCAGUGACCAUGUUGGAUUAUUGAACAUUCUAGUAUGUUGCACAGACAGAUUGAAAGAGCCAGAUCAGUCCCAGUUGUUUACAUCCACCAUGCUAUGGAGAGCUUCCGGUCUAUCCAGUCUUCAGGAAUACUUAGAGUCGAGCCUUGGAGUACGACAGAGUUUGUUUCCCACUGUUCUCGGGCUCAAACUUGCGGAGGACUUAGAUCUCGGAAGGAGUGACAUAAUGACUCUGAAUGAAAGUCGAAGAAUAGAAGAUCGAAUGGUUUGGGUAAAAACCGAACGCGAAAGUUCGCCGAUCACUCUACUUCGUUCCCCAGAUGUUCUCUCUGCACUUAAGUCAGUGGCAGCCAGAUGCUUUAGACUCCCUUCUGCUAAUGAACGUUGUCUGCAACUAAGUGGCGUGACCCUCUCCUCCCCUAUGACAUUUUUCAUGGCGUUUUUGCUACUUGCAGUAACUUUCGAGGAGAAAGCCGAACAGGUUCUUUGCUUUAUCGAAGAAUGCUUACCAUCCGUAAGACUUUUUAAAAAGCGAACUUUCAGUAAGCUUUGCUGCCUUUCGUGGAAUGUUCUCAAGUGUUUGGCUGGAGUAUGCCCAGGCACGGUUCUCAAAGCAGAAGUUCGUGUCACGUUUCCAAUCAGUUCUCUGUCACGCAACACCCCAGUCAUGCAAGCUGUCUUGUUUGAGGAUCCAACCGAUGCGAGGUUUCUUCAAGUGUGGCCUCUUUCACAGUUGGAGCAGAGGACAUUUCACCGCCCUGUGCAUUUGUUUUACAACAAUGUGCGCUACGAUGUUGACCAGGGAACUGUAAGCUUGUUAAUGCUUGAAGCGGAUUGGAAAGCUCUUCAUGAAGAAACGGUUCUUAUUUUGAUAAGUUCUUCUGUCAACUGCACUUCACAAGCUGUAAAAUUGAAACCUGAAACAAGAAGCUCCACGAAAACUUCUUGCUGUUUCAGGAAUGAAACAGUCAUGAUGACAAGCAAAACGGAUCACGAAAUGGUAGAGUUAAGUCAAGCAAAAAGACGUAUGCGCAAAUCCCGUAGGUCGAAAAAGAACUUGUCCUGUGUCAGAAUUAGCUGCGUCAGUGGUCACGUGGGCAACGGACUCCAAAAGUAUGACAGCUGCUACCGUCUUGAGAUCCUCUCCAGUCAAGAUAUUAUCAUUCAAAACCCUGACCACGUGCACAAGAGUACAGACUGCUUAGUGGCUGAAGAGAGGCAAAAGAAAGCGCCUUCGAGUCUCGUCCCAUCAGGUAUCGAUUCUCCGUUUGAUCAGUUAGAAGAUGAAGUUUCACCAGAGACAAAAAACUCUGAUGUUGUCAUUAUUCAUAAUGAUGGUCACGCAACCGAAGAUGACAGUGAAAACGAGCUCCUAUCGACAACCGUGGAGCGAGUGGAUGACAUUACACAAUUCGGCCUGGGGUUACCUGAUGUGACAUUGGUGUCGCGAGAGGUUUUAAAAACAGACCAGCUUGAGCUAUUGGCUUUGGAAGAACAUGCCAUGUGCUACAAUGCAGACAUUCUGAUUCUCAGAACAGCGGACAUAACAGGUCCUAAAGUAGAAUAUUACCCGACGGACUUGCCCACUGCAGUGGAAAUCUCUACUGACUGUCAAGGGAAACCCCUACGACUUCAUUUUGCUGCACCCGUGGACGGGAGGACAUCUAAAGUUCAGCUAUUAAAGGAUAAAAAGAGGCUUAGAUGCCAUUUUCCUAAGAGUGACCUGGGUGUGUAUGGACCAGUUUGUAUCAAGCGAAUUCCGUACCUGGACUUUUCAAAUCUUCCAAUAUGGACUUCAAGAGAAGAUCUCAAUAUCUUAAUGGAUUUUUAUCCUAUGGAUGAGGACAGAGCGGCUCCACAAGACAGAAAACCCUUUGAAAAUUUGCAAAAUGCUUUGCAAUGUGUGGUCAGGUCGUUUGUUGAAUCUCCCCAGGAAAAUAAUUGUUUCACAAUUCACGAGCCACGUGAUGCAGGAGAAGAUUGUCCGCCAAACUUCACCAUUGUCGUGCAAAACAUUUACUGUCACCAACAGGUCCCACUGGCGAAAGUUCUCUUCUGUGACCAUAGAGAGAUACCCUUUCCCUUAGAGGGCAACGGAACUGCUACUACAGCUACUACUUUAAAAUACAAAGAGCUUUUACAACAAGUGAUGGCGGGCAGAAAGGAAAGUCCCAUGGUGCAGGUCACAAAAGAGGGUCAAGUUCUAUUGAAAAGACUACUGCAUUCUAAUGCAAAACGCUUGAAGCAAACUGCCACACAUGACCCAGUAUGGAUGGACUCAUUCCUGCAGCUGAGAUUCAGCAGCGAUAAUAUUUGCUAUGACAUUCUGGAAUGAAUUCACAAGAGAUAUUUCUAAGUAAACCUAGUUCAGACUUGAUAGUUUUCAACAAUUUGCGGACCAGUUGAAAACUUUGGUGACGCAUUAUUGCAAUGAACUACUGCGAACUUGAUAUUUUUAAAAUCAUUUGUGCGAUGGAAAUGUCAGCAUAGUUAAAAUUUUGCUGUUUUGAAACUUAACAACAUAGUUGUUCUUGACUUCUUUAAUCAUAUAAUUUUUUUAAUGGAAUGGUCUCAGCAAAUAAUUAUUUAUUGCUGGUUUGGCUUUUAAUACUGAAUACUAAAUUACUUGAUCAUGAUCAAGUCUUGUCUUUCCACUUUUGAAAUAAAAUGUCCUUGGA